GCUCUGGUCGUGGGGUCUCUACGGGUCUCCGAGUCUCCGAUUCCAAUCGCGUGUGAGAAUUUAUACGUGCAUACUUUUGUUGUGGGUGGUCGACCGGGGGUGACCUUGACCACAGGGGAUGAGAACUGGCCUCCGAAGAGGAUUUGAUCGCUGCAACUGGAUUCGAUUCUUGUUCGGACUCGGACUCCCGUGAGUGACGUCAGUUGGGCUAUCAGUCUGAUAAGGCCACCGAUAAGACUGCGCCAAAUGACGUCAGAGCGAAGACAGAACAAGAAAGAGCUUUGAUUAAAAGCUACCAAAAGAUAGAUAGAUAGAUAGAUAACCACAGCUGUGUACGAGUAGAUAGCCUGCAAGCCAAUAAGUAGCCCUGAGCCUCCGUGGCGCGCCAGUUGGCUGGCGACAUGUCCGUCGUGUGGAUGGGCGUCUUCAAGGUGGCCAUGAUAGUGGGCGUCACCAGUUUGGUGGUCAGCCGCUCUUGCCUGACCUGUACAAGAACGCUUACAGUCGAAGAGGUGUACAAAGACCGCGACCAGUUCGCGGCCUUGGUGCGCGAGGUGGCCGCACCUGACGUGGGUCGCAUGGGCAUCGAGAUACUGUCCUUCACCAUCAAGGAUGUCUACGACGAUGUGCAGUACCUGGCCUCCCUGGGCAAGGCGCAGACCGCUGUGGUGAAGCGCGACGCCGAUGCCGGAGUGGCGGAGGCCAAUCGAGACGCCGGCAUCCGGGAGGCCGAGUGCGAGAAGAGCGCCAUGGAUGUGAAGUACUCGACGGACACCAAGAUCGAGGACAACACGCGCAUGUACAAGCUGCAGAAGGCCAACUUCGAUCAGGAGAUCAACACGGCCAAGGCCGAGUCGCAGCUGGCGUAUGAGCUGCAGGCGGCCAAGAUCCGCCAGCGGAUCCGUAACGAGGAGAUCCAAAUCGAGGUUGUCGAGCGCCGCAAGCAGAUCGAGAUCGAGUCGCAGGAGGUCCAGCGCAAGGACAAAGAGCUCACUGGCACCGUCAAGCUGCCAGCCGAGGCGGAGGCCUUCCGACUACAAACCCUGGCCCAGGCCAAACAAUGCCAGACCAUUGAGGGCGCCCGUGCCGAGGCGGAGCGCAUCAGGAAGAUCGGUGCGGCCGAGGCCCAUGCCAUCGAGCUGGUCGGCAAGGCCGAGGCGGAGCGGAUGCGGAUGAAGGCUCAUGUCUACAAGCAGUACGGCGAUGCUGCCAUCAUGAACAUUGUCCUCGAAUCGCUGCCGAAGAUUGCUGCCGAGGUGGCUGCUCCCUUGGCCAAGACGGAGGAGAUUGUCCUGAUCGGAGGCAACGACAAUGUGACCAACGAUGUGACCCGCCUGGUGGCCCAGCUGCCCCCCUCGAUCAAUGCCCUCACCGGAGUGGAUCUGUCCAAGGUGCUGGCCAAGAUACCCGGGGCCAAGGCGUGAGACCUAAUGGAAUGGGACAUCCAGCACAUGGCAAUGACAACGUAACGCACCGCAAAGGAAUUGUAACUGACAAGGAACGGAGAAAGAUAGAGAAAGAUGGAGCUAAACAAAGAGAGAGAGAGAGAGGGAUACGGAGGGGAGCUGGCAUUUGUUAGAGCGAGACGCAGUGCGGAAGCAGCAUCAGAAAAACGAGAGGCGAUGCCGAUCGCAGCAAUCGAUCGAUAAACGCAAUCGAACAUAGCAAAAUGUACUCCGAUAUUAUAUAUAUUUACAGAUAUGUGUUUGUCAUAUACUGUGUGCAUGUGCGCGAGUCUGUGUAUGUGCGUGUGUGUGUGUGUGUGUGUGUGUGUGUGCCUGUUCGAUGUAGUAGUAUAUCCGUGUAACAAUCAAAAAGGACGAACGUUAAUCUCAGCUAAAGUUAUGCAUGUCGUACGCAGCAUUUUGUGGCCUUUUCUCCAGAUAACAGAAUCAAAUACAAAUAAAUAGAAGUAUGAGAUUUGUAUAACUUUAACCAGCAACAAAACAACUAAAAAAAACAUACAUUAAGAGAAUUGUGCAGAAUCUUAGCUACUUUAUAUAUACAUAUAUAUACACGCAUCUACUAUAUAUACUUAUACAUUAUACUUAUACUUAAACUAUGAAAUUGUGCUUCGAACCGAACCCACUGGGGUUCCCACUACAAACAGUGUUGUGUAGGGCCCUCCUUUCGAUCCGCUUACUGGCUACACUGCUCAAAAUAAGCAGAAACUCUUGCAUUUCCAAACUGUUCAAGCUACUGAAACUGCCUUCGAACGUGACGGUGAGAAUUUAUCCAAAGGAGAGCCACAGACAAAGAGAGACUGGAAGAGAUCUAUACGUUUCUGAUCCUUGUCGCUUCACAACACUGUUUAUUCUUCGGGACCGCCAUAGCUUGAGCUCUUCCAACACUCAGACACACACACACACACAAACACACUCACAAGCACACACCCAUGCACACAGUGCAACCGAUACGUAUUUGUAUUCAGUUUUUGUGCACAAAAAGAGAACCGAUUGUACCAUUUUAUGUCUCAUAUGUAUCGAAUCUUUUUGUUAUAACCCAGUGAGGUCCUAUUCAAGAUAUUCGUCUCGAUAUACGUAUUUUUUUGUGGUUUUUUUGUUCUAUUUAUAUUAUUAUUAAUAUUAUUAUUAUGUAUUCUCUUGUACAUGCACGAGUAUGUAUGUAAAUGGAUGCAUUUAACAAAUUUUGGACUUAAUUUUUGCACUUUUUAGCAAAACUAACAAAAUUAUAUACCAAAAAAAAGAGAGAGAGAAGGGGAAUCAGUUUUGUUACACUUAACUGGAAUUUAGUUAAAGCAAUUUUUGUGAGUUUUUCGAGACCCGAUCCGUUUUGUUUUUCUAGCGUAAUUAACCUUAAUUUGUUUAAGCAAUAUCCCGAACGAUCAGCUAUCAAAAUCAGCUUACAUUUGCAGACAUAUAUGUAUUUACUAUGUAUUCACACACACACACACACACACACACACACACAUUGAACACACACACACCCACUAACACAUAUAUAUACAUAUAUUUUUUUUUCUAUUGUAUAUUAAGUGCAAGUAAUUCACAUAAAUCGUAAUGCAGCGUACAAGAACAGCUAAAGUGCAAGAAGACAUCUAAACGAAAAGGAACUAAACUAAAAACUAAAACUAAAUAAAUCAAA